GUGAAUCUACGUCAUGAAACGUUUAAAAUAGGGUUGGAAAACCAAAAAAAGUAUAAAGAAUCAAUAGUCUGGUUGACCAACAUAAAAAUAAUAAUUAAUAGUUUAUUUUUAUACAAAAAAAACUAUUGGUUUAACCACAAUUCUUAAGCUUAACCGGUUGCUCUCUUACAUUUACUAGACUCGCAUGGAGUAGCAAAUUAAAUGUCGAAAGCUAAACAUUAAUCAAUGAGUACAAUUGUACAAAGUACAAACUGGACCGGAGUCUAAUUAAUUAACGGUUGUAACCGGUAUAGUGAUUUGGCUUAUCACUUAUUUUUUUCAUGUUUACUUGUGAUAUACAUUGCGGUCCAAGCAGCGUGUCAUCUUAACUUGUUUGAUCAAUUCCUAUAAGUUUGGUUCAAAUUUGAAAACCAAGUCUUUCCAAGUAAAAGUCAAGCCACAAGAAUAUCAGAAGUAAGACCAAGAGCCCCAAAGUCACACAAAGCUACCAAUUUAAAAAUCAACCAACAACGUAAUCGAAACCUUAUAUAUAGGUCAUUAUCGAACUAAAGUGAUACACAUCAAACAGGAGGUAAAGACAUACAACAGCUUCUACUGGCAAACCAGAAUUUUUUUUUUUUUUAUUCUUUACUUGAACACGCAAAAAAAAAAGAGAGAGAUAGAAAUGAUGAUGAAGAGGCAAUUGAUAUUUGGAGUGAUUUUGCUCGGACUCUUGGUGAUUUUCUUGGCCACCACACCAGUCGAAGCGGCUAGGCCGUUACGAACCGAUGGUAAGAUCCAGUUCGUGCUCCAGUUGCUGCAAAGAGGUACGGUGCCACCGUCAGGUCCAAACGGUUGUACCAACGACCCAAAAGGCUCGGGAACGUGCCACGGCUGAGCCGUCACAUUAGUCUGAUUAUACAUACUGGUUAUUUAAAUUUUAUUUAUUUAUUUUCUUAAGGUUAAUUAACGCAAUAAACACAACUAUAAUUUUGUGUAUCGGCUCGAACUAUAAACUCUGUAAGAGCUGUCAAAGCUAGCUAUUCUUUUAUUUGUUUAUGAACUCAUAUGUAACUUAAAAGUUCAAAGAAAACAUGUAACUUUUUAAUCAUUAUUCUUUUAUUUUAGGCAUUUCUGUUUGAUAUUUUGAUAUAAUUAAACCAAGAUUAUAUUGGUGGUACGCAAUAUAUGAAGUUCACGAAAUUAUUCUGAAACAAACAAAAUAUGAUACCAGCAAUGAUAAAUAAUCAAGUGAUCGGUCACCCAUGGCACCUACGUCUAUGUGUACAUGGGAAGGUUGGUGCAACAAUUUCGACCCGACCCGCAAACCGGACCCCUUUCCAGCACCUAGAAUACGAACCGUAUCUCAACGGGGGAGGUUGGGAACGUCCUAAUGGCUUAAACGCGCUUGAUGUCUAAGGAAACAACAAAAAAUGUCAACUAACAUAGUAUGUGUCUUCAUAUAUCUUUUUCCUACUCUUUAACUAUUAUUAGUCCAAAGGAAACAUAAACUGAUCACUUCUUUUACGUAUGGGAACGUAAUUUUUGUUGUAGGGCCUUUUAGUAGCUAUUGUAAUUUUUUUUUGGUUUUAUUGUAAUUCGAUAGUGCCACUUACAAAUAGAGAGAGUAUUUUUGGCUAACAUCUCAUGGCUUCACUUUGGUUUUUUUCUCUUCACUAUCUUUGACUUUGACUGUAUAUUAGCUACAAAAAGAAUAAUGGUGUUCAACAUUUGAUUCAAGCGUGUGGGGUACGUUAUGUUUAAUGUGAACUAUGAAAUGAAAAAAGAUAAACUAUGUUACAUGUCAAUGGACGCGUUUACCAUAUAUGAAAUGUACUAAAUCUAUUACGUCAAAGUUUUCAUUUAUGAAUAUAUACUCAUUUCAGGAACAGCUAAGCUGCCAAGCAACUAGAUAAUUAUUAUUUUUCAUGUUUGAAAAUAUGCGUAUAAUGAACUAAUUUAGUUAGUUGAUCUUUCAUAUAAAAUC